GAGGAUAAAGGGCGAGGCCUCCAGGUGUUCUGGGACACGGACGAAGGCACAGGUGUGUCCAAGAUGAUCUCUCUCGUAGCAGCCGCGCUCGCCACGUGCGCCCUCGUGUCCAGCGUCCACUGCGCCUCGGAGUCGACCGCCUGGUGUUAUCACCUGCCGAGCUGCAAUGACGACACCUGGUCGACCCUUUCUGCUCGAUACUGUAAUGGCAUCCGACAGUCGCCCAUCAACAUCGCGCCGGCGUCGGCCCGACCCGAUGCCAACCUGGGCGCCUUCACCUUCGGGAACUUCGACAACGCCUCCGCGCUAGAAAGCAUCGGAAACACCGGCAGGACGGUCAAGGUUACCUUUGGAAGCGGUGUUCAAGUUUCAGGAGGGGGUCUGCCCGAAGCCUACAACAGCCUGCAGUUCCACUUGCACUGGGGAAAUGGCUCCUCUGUCCCUGGAUCUGAGCACACUGUGGAUGGCAAGCGCUACCCCAUGGAGUUGCACAUUGUAAACAUCAAGGCAUCCUAUAAUGGAAACACAACCCAGGCUCUUGCAGACUCCGAAGCACUUGCUGCUCUUGGUUUCUUGAUUGAGAAUGCAUACUUUCAGGAAAUGCCAGGCAAUGCCACCGGUCAACCUGCAAGCUGGAAGACCUUGACCUCUUACUUGGCCAACAUCACAAACAAAGAUGACUCUGUUGCAAUUGCAUCUGGGAUUUCACUGGACGAUCUCCUGGAUGGGGUGGAUCGCUCAAAGUAUUAUCGUUACCUUGGCUCCUUGACCACCCCUGCUUGCAAUGAGGUCGUGGUUUGGACUGUGUUCAAAGAGCCGAUCAAAGUCAGCAAAGAUUUGAUUGACCUCUUCAGCACAACAAUAUACGUAACCAACAGCUCAUCACCUUUAAUGACGAAUGUCUUUCGAAAGAUCCAACCCGAGCAACCAGUCACAACACAGUCUACUAGUACCAGCAGCACCAGCUCUCCGCCGACAACCUGCUACUCUCUGGGGCUGAUGGGCCUGAGUCUUGCUCUGGGCUGGAAUUAGUGACAAAAAAUGUGUCUCUGCAAACUUUCUGUGUUUCUGGCGAACCUGCCUUGUCCAAGUUGUUAAUACAUAAAUCUGCAAAUGACUUCAUAUCAUGAGUGCUCUCAAUUCAAUAUGUAGAAGACAAUAUGCAUCUGGGAUCAGUCUUUUCACAUCCAAGCAGAACUGAGCCACAAGAACAUGGCUGUUUACAAAUGUAGCUUAAUGUGUUAUCGUUAAAUUGUUGAAAGAACAUAGGAUGAUUGCCGCUGCACUAAGGGGCUUGGCUAUCAUGGUAAUGACGAGUAAAUCAUUUUUAAAUAAGUUUUUAAUGUGUUUGCAUGCUUGCAUGAAUUUUUGUUAUGCUGCAAUUCUGGCACAGCCCAUGUGAGUUUUGAGCAGACAAGGUUCCUGAGAAAGGGAUACACUUGUAUUAAGUGUACUGAGUAGCCCAAGUAAUGGUAGAAAGAUAAAAACGUAUCAGUUUUAAAAGGCAAUGUGCAAUGGUAUGAAAUGUAAUCCCUAUUGUUAUGCCAGGACUGAACUUGAGCUAGACAAUAAGAGGUGGCUAUUGAGAGCUCAUCAGUAUAGUUCCCAGAAUAUUAGAUUACAUAAAAGGUUUGCGAUUUUUUUUUUUUUUUUUUUUUUUUUUUUUUUUUUUUUUUUUUUUUUUUUUUUUUUUUUUGCCGAUGUGAUUGUUUUGUUUCAAGAGAAUCGAUGUUAAUGAAGAUGCAUCUGUUCAAUGUUGUGCUUUUUAACUUGGUGUGACCACUGCAAUUUAUAGCUCGUCUAAUAUUUCCACUUCAGGACCAUAAUCAUUGCUCAAACACGGAACAGGGAAGUUUGUCUGCAAAUAUUAACCUACUUUGAAGAAACAAUGAAAUGAUUAACUUCACAGAUAAGUUUGUUACUUCAAACAUUUUUGAAGUUAGUAUGCAAGUGUAAUGACAGUGUAAGCUUUGAAAGUAAUUGUGCUUUGAAUAAAAUGUAUUGACUUAAAAAUA